AUGCCGUCGAGAUAUUCUUUGGAAGAUGUUCGCGCGCACGCGACCGACGAUGACCUCUGGGUGGUCAUACACAACAAAGUUUAUAACGUCACAACCUACCUCGAAGAGCACCCCGGUGGUGCUGAGAUAUUGAAAGAAUGCGGUGGCACAGAUGCAACAGAGGCAUUCGAGGACGUUGGGCACUCGGAGAGAGCGUGGGCCGCCAUGGAAUCACUCAUUGUUGGCGAACUAUCACUCAAAGUGGGUCAAGACAUGUUCAAGACCUGUAGCGUUGCGUGUGCAAUAGAAGUGGUGACGCUUUAUCGGCCCACAUACGAACACGUCAAAACUGCCGCUGUCUUGACCAAGGAACCAGGUAUGAAAUGGCUCCCAAAUCUGGCAACCAAGGCUAUCUUGCUGGGUUUGACCGGAGUCCUCCUGCUCAAAGGUGGCCCUCGCCUUCUUGAUCAAGCUCGUCAAUCGCGCGCCUUGAUUCCCACCGGUGGAUUUUGGUAUGGAUUUCUCAGUUCAGCAGCGGCCUUUUCCAUUGUCUCAGCUGGAGCCGGGUGCUAUCUGGCCUCACUGUUGAACGCUAGUCACAUCGUGAAGAAAUAUCCCUCCCGACAAAAGGCACGGCAGAGAACAUUCGUUGGACAGCACUCGAGCCUUGCAAAUACUGGCAUCCUUGACGCUCGAUCGUACCGCAAGUUCCCGUUGUCGAAGAAAGAGGAGCUCUCUCGCAAUGUCCUUCGCCUAGUCUUUGCACUUCCAAAGCCUUCGGACGUCCUAAAUCUGCCAACUGGACAACAUGUCUCCGUGCGUGCCGACAUCGAUGGCCAAUCAGUCACCCGAUCCUACACCCCGAUUUCAAACAGCACAGACGAGGGAGUGAUUGACUUAAUCGUCAAGGUUUACGAGCAGGGCGUUCUGACAAGGCAUCUGGCCUCGUUGCAGGUUGGUGACGACUUGGAAUUCCGAGGCCCUCUGGGGCCAAUGAAGUAUCGGACAGGGCUCUGCAAUCACAUCGGCAUGAUCGCAGGGGGCACGGGCAUCACGCCUAUGUACCAGAUCAUCCGCGCGAUUUGUGAAGACGCCUCGGACAAGACGACUGUCAGCCUCCUGUAUGCCAACAACGUCGAGGGAGACAUCAUCCUCCGGGCGCAACUCGACCACUGGGCUGCUCAGUGUCCGACCAAGUUCAACGUCUCCUAUGUCCUGCUGCAUCCGCCCCGAGAAUGGAAGCAUUGCACGGGAUUGGUGACGAAGGAGCUGAUAAGAGAAAAGCUACCGAUCACUGCUCCGGACACCAAAAUCAUGCUGUGCGGGCCUCCUGGAAUGGUUUCUGUGGUGAAGCGGUACAUCGCUGAGCUUGGACUCCAGACACCUGGUGCAAUCUCUAAAGCCAAUGAUCAGGUUUUUGUAUUUUGA